AUGAAGGGACUCGGAAGUCUGGCAGCAGCGACCUUGGCCGUUUUCCUCGUAUUUUCUUUCCUGGGGAACUCCAGCAGCGCCCCGCAGAGACUGUUGGAGCGAAGGAACUGGACGCCACAAGCCAUGCUCUACCUCAAGGGAGCACAGGGGCGCCGCUUCAUCUCCGACCAGAGCCGGAGGAAGGACCUCUCGGAUCGGCUGCCUCCAGAAAGACGAAGCCCAAACGCCCAACUCCUGACUCUUCCAGAGGCAGGUGCACUCCUCUUGGCAUCCUUGCGGAAACCACAGGAAGAUGGAGAAGAAAACGUUGAUCAGGCCAGAUUCCUGGAAGACAGUGUGCUAUACUGGUGAAAAUGUGCCAGCUUGCAUUCAAACUUAGUUCUGUCCUGGUGGAAAAUACAAACCAUGCCCUUGAAACCUGUGGACCCUUUGCACUCCAUGUGUGAUCUUAGCAACUUGCACAGCCAGGUCUAUUCCUUCAGAAGCCUCAGAAAUGCAGACUUCUCCCAGAGCAGCGCUGCCUUCUCUCAUCGCUUCCUGUCCUGUUAAGGUCAGCUAGUGUCUAAAUCCAAGACUGAAGAUUCUCAAGUAUUCUUCCAUCUGUUACAGCCAGUGCCUGUGUGGAUCUCAUAAUUCUUACUUUUUUCAUUCUGUUCUCUCUUGAAUUUUGUUGUCACUGA